UGUUACUCCGAAAAGGCAUUUGAAGCUUGCACUCUCAGAGAAAGCAUUAAUCUCUCUCCCAAAUGCUUUAUUUCUCUCUCUAAAAUGCGGGUUCGUUUGGAGCUCUAAUGGCGGAUUUCAGACCAAAAUACCGUAGAAAUUAACUAUUUUUAAUAGCAUCCAUUUACGUCCGCUAAGGGGGUUUUGUGUGAAAAUGGAGCUGUGAUGGUGGAUCCUGCUGCUGCAACUGAAUAUUACCGGGAAGUGAAGAGUUAGACUGUCAUUUGGAGCUUUAACGGCGGUUCCUGAUAUGAAAUCUGAAGAUUCAGUUGUAAACGGCAUUGGAGAUAUCAAGAUAUCUGUGUUUUCUGGUUGUCAGAGUUGCAGGGCUUGACUACAGCUCUGUGAUGCCAGAGUUUCAAACAAACUGUGUAUUUCCUGGAGAACUUUCAACAAAGAUAUUGCAAAUGACUAAAUAGGAGGCUGAUUUUGCCUGUGGUUAAUCAAGAAGAGACUGAGAAAACUGGAGACCCAGUUGUUAAAUAAACCAAUUAUCCCUUGAGAACACCAGCUUCAAUGAGAAACCCAACAACCAAAAUCCGCUGUUCUUUUUACAUUUUCUUCAUUCUCAUUUUCCAGUCUACUUUUAAAGCAGCUGCUGAUCUAAAUUCUGAUGAACAAGCACUCCUUGCCUUUGCAAAAGAAGUGCCCCAUGGCCGGAAACUUAAUUGGAGUCCAUUGAUCCCCAUUUGCCCUUCAUGGACAGGCAUAACAUGCAACCCCGAGAAAACCCACGUUAUAGCUCUACGACUCCCCGGGGUUGGGCUUUCAGGCCCAAUUCCGCCCAACACAAUCUCCAACCUCACCUCUCUCCAAACCCUAAGCCUAAGAUCCAAUCUCCUCCGUGGAAAUUUCCCACCUGAAAUAUUGGCUCUACCCUCUCUGCGCUACCUUUAUAUCCAACGAAACAACUUUUCAGGUGAGAUUCCAUCUGAUCUCUCUACAAAUCUCACCCAAAUUGAUCUUUCAAACAAUGAUUUUGUUGGAAAAAUCCCUCAAACAAUUGGAAACCUCACCCAACUCACUGGAUUGUUCCUUGAAAACAACUCUCUCAUGGGAUCCAUCCCUGAUGUCGAUCUCCCUAAGCUCAAGCAUUUGAAUCUUAGUUACAACCAACUCAAUGGCUCUAUCCCAAUUUCCCUCCAAAAUUUUUCGAAUUCUUCCUUUUUAGGUAACCCAUUUCUGUGCGGUCCGCCUCUCUUACUCCAAUGCACUCCAGUUCUUCCUACUCCUUCCCCCUCUCCUUUCAUUCCAAUCCCCCUCUCGCCUCCUCACGAACCCCCAUCUAAGAAGAAGAUAAGCACCGGGGCCAUAGUCGCAAUAGGUGUUGGAGGUGCGGCACUGCUUUUCUUGAUAGCGGCCGUUUUUCUAGUGUUUUGUGUAAAAGAAAACAAAGGAGAAGACUCAAAUGGAGAGGUGAAGGUUGGAAAGAAGGGAGAGAGGCCAAAGGACGAGUUUGGGGUCUCUGCACAAGAGGGAGAGAAGAACAAACUGGUGUUUUUCGAGGGGUGUUCUUAUACUUUUGAUCUCGAAGAUUUGUUGAGAGCUUCGGCUGAAGUUUUAGGGAAAGGGAGUUUUGGAACUGCGUACAAAGCAGUUUUAGAAGAUGGGACUACAGUUGUUGUGAAGAGAUUGAAGGAGGUGGUUGUUGGGAAGAGAGAGUUUGAAGGGCAAAUGGAGAUGAUUGGGAGGGUGGGGAAACAUCGCAAUGUUAUUCCUUUAAGGGCGUAUUAUUACUCCAAGGAUGAGAAGCUGCUUGUGUAUGAUUACGUGCCCACUGGCAACCUUUCGACUCUCCUUCAUGGAAAUCGCGGCGCGGAACGCACCCCACUCGACUGGGAUACCCGUGUACGUAUCGCCCUCGGUGCCGCCCGAGGCAUUGCCCAUCUCCACUCGGACAUUGGUGGCGGAAAAUUCACUCACGGCAACAUCAAAUCCUCCAACAUCCUCCUCACCCCUGAACUUGAACCCUUAGUCUCCGACUUUGGUCUAGCCCCACUCAUGAGCCCCCCUGCCCCUGGACCUCACCCCCGGGCUCCAGGCUAUAGGGCUCCUGAAACCCUAGAAACCCGGAGGGCCACCCAAAAGUCUGACGUCUAUAGCUUCGGUGUCCUCUUACUCGAGCUUUUGACUGGUAAAUCACCAGCCCAAGCUCACCAAGCCCAAGCACAAGGAAGUGAGGAUAUUGCUGAUUUGCCAAGAUGGGUUCAAAGUGUAGUGAGAGAAGAGUGGACAGCUGAGGUUUUUGAUGUUGAGCUCAUGAGGUAUCAGAAUAUAGAGGAGGAAAUGGUUCAGAUGUUGCAGGUGGCUAUGGCUUGUGUUGCAAGGGUGCCGGAUUUGAGGCCGAAGAUGUCAGAGGUGGUGAAGAUGGUGGAGGAUGUAAAGCAGUCAGAUUCAGAGAAUAGGCCGAGUUCAGAGGAUAACCGAUCAAAGGACUCAAAUGUGCAGACACCGUGAGAGUGAGAGUGAGAGUGAGAGCGAUGGUAUUCACAUUUCACUUGGUUGAGAUGGUGAGGUUUGAAUUCCAUGAGAGACAGAGAGAUGGUGUUCAAAUGUGAAUUGCUUAGAGAGAGAGAGAGAGGGGAUAUUCAAAUGUGAAUGAGAGAGAGAGAGAGAGAGAGAAGAGAGAGGGAGAGGGAGAUAGUAUUCAGUGAGUGAAGAGUUGUUUAAGCCGAUAUAAGCUCUUUAAUGUAACGUAGUUGUGUGAGUGAUGGUCAGCUUUCCUCUCUUUUUCUUCGUAUGAAAAUCAUUCUUAUUGUUGUUUGGGAUUAUGAUUUAUGUGAACUGAUGCAACUUCGAGUUGCCAUUAUUUCAUUGGUAGUUGGCCUCUUCCAA